AUGUCCCUAGAUCAAGGAAUAGUACAGGUUCCAUGCCCCUGCCACAGUGUGUUCCUGAACUUCAGCUACAUUAGAGUUUACAGCAAGCAGAUAACACGCCCAAUUGGGCUCGAACCCGCCCAAUCUGGUCACGUGGCCUCCGAGCGGCCGGCUGGCUUCCCGGUCGAGUUUCCGGUCGGGACCGGAAGUCGCGGUCCCUUUACCAAGAUGGCGGCCGCGGGGAUCGACGUGGAGGACGAGAGCAUCCUGGCGUCGAUUUUCAAGGAUUCCUUUCCCGACAACUGGAGGGAGAACCCCGACUUCACGCUGUACUUGUCGGAGCUCAGCUCGUACGGCGUGGACAAGCUGAGCCGCGAGCCCGAGAGGCUGGCCGAGGAGCGGGCCCAGAUCCUGCAGCAGACCCAGGAGUUGGCCUUCUCCAACUACAAGACCUUCAUCAAGACGGCCGAGUGCACCAAGGAGAUCUACCGCGACUUCGGCCUGGUGGAGACCCACGUCUCCCGGGCCCUGGAGAAGCUGCCGGGCCUGAGCGAGAAAUGCAGGCAGUUCAUGCAGGAGACGGAGGCCACGGGAGCCAGCAGGAGGAUGAACAGCCUGACCCUGAACCGUCACACCGAGAUCCUGGAGAUCCUGGAGAUCCCGCAGCUCAUGGACACCUGCGUUAGGAACGGCUACUACGAGGAAGCCCUGGAGCUCGCUUCCUAUGUCAAGAGGCUGGAGAAGAAGUACUCCUCCAUACCUGUUAUACAGGGGAUAGUAACUGAAGUGCGUUCAUCUGCGCAGCUGAUGUUGAACCAACUCAUCCAGCAGCUCCGCACCAAUGUGCAACUUCCUGCUUGUUUGCGGGUCAUAGGCUAUUUGAGGAGAAUGGACGUGUUCACUGAAGCAGAAUUAAGAAUAAAGUUCCUUCAAGCCCGAGAUACCUGGUUAAAGUCUAUCCUUGGCGCCAUAUCAGAGAAUGAUCCUUACUUCCACAUAACUAAAACGAUUGAGGCUUGCCGUGUCCAUCUGUUUGACAUUAUCACUCAGUACCGUGCUAUUUUCUCAGACGAGGAUCCGUUGUUGCUUUCCAAUGAUCAAGCUGUGAAUGAAAGUGCAAUUUUUCAUGGCUGGGUGGUACAGAAGAUGUCUGAGUUUCUUCAGAAGCUGGAAUUGGAUCUUCAGAGGGGUGUGGGAACCCGCUUAGAUUCAUUGCUGGGCCAGUGCAUGUACUUUGGACUUUCCUUUAGUCGUGUAGGUGCGGAUUUUCGUGGACAGCUUGCUCCUAUGUUUCAGAGGGUUGCAAUAAACGCCUUUUCGAAAUCUGUGCAGGAAGCAAUAGAGAGGUUUCAGGAAGACAUGAAUCUGUACACGCUAAUCUCUGCCCCAUCCGUGCUGGGGAGCACAAUCGCAGCGACAGUUUCAACCAGUCAACCAAAUACUCUCCAUCCUCCAAUGAUGCUUCUGGACUUCCCACCACUGGCUUGCUUUCUGAACAACAUUUUAUCGGCCUUCAAUGAUCUCCGUCUCUGCUGUCCCAUAGCUCUUGCACAGGAAGUAACCCUGUGUUUGGAAGAUUCACUUGUGAAGAUAACAAAAUUGAUCUUGUCUUUUCAUCGAGCUGAGGAAACUGCUUUCAGUGAAAAAGAGCGGGAGUUAUUUGUCCAGUUCUGUGCUACCUUCACUGAAGACCUCAUCCCAUAUCUGAACCGAUGUUUACAAGUGCUUUUCCCACCAACACAAGUUGCACAGAUCCUUGGUGUUCCUCCAACUCGGAUUCACAAAUAUGGCUCUAUUGGGUACAUCAACCUAGAUUUUGUUCAAGAAUCGCUUGCUUUUAUCCUGCCAAAGAAGGAAAUUCUAAUUUCAAGCAAGACUAACUUUGAUGGUGAGGUGGUACAGACACCGUCCACUGAAGUGUUGGCAAGCACUGGACUAGAGACUGAAGCUAAAGCCGAGAAGCUUAACGAACAACAGCCGGCAGAGUUAUCCUCAUCUGUACUCAGCAUUGAAGCAGAAGUGACCGAGAGUAAACAACACACAGCCAGCGAGGAAUCAGAGUAUUGCGUCAAUAGUCAUUUAUGAUCUGCAUUUGUAACAUAGUUUUUUUUAAUUCAAAAAUUUGACUACGGGUAUACAGAUUCCAUUAUUUAAUGCAAUGAAUGAAUGAAUGAACAGCUGACAAAUGCUUCAUUUUUUUCUGACUCAUUGAACUUGGGAACUCUAAAUAAGGUUAUUUCUGUAUCAGGUCUGCCAAAUGUGCAACCGUUUGAUGUAACAAAGCAUUUUAAGCUUGGUACCACACUUUGCUCUGAUACAUUUGACCCUGUGUACGUACAUACACUUUCAUCAAUGCAGUUUGCAAAAUAGAGGGGAAAUCGUAUUCCAGCCAAUUUUGACAUACAAUUGCGAUUUCAGCAACUAGUUUCGCUUUUUGGUGAUAUCUCAAAAUAUUCACUUCUGAAAUCUUUCAACUUUUGGUGUUCAUGUUACGAUAGAAAAUCUAAAGGGAAUUUGACUGUCCAGGCUAUGGUUCUAUGAAUUGACACUGUUAACACAUGCACACAUCUACUAAAUUCAAUCUACUUUCAUUCCCUCGGAUUAUCAAGUUAGCUGGUUACUAACAAGAAAUCUAAUGAACUACAAAUUUGUCAUUACACAACAGACAUAAAAUUGUGUUCUCAAAUUGAAAAAAACACCAUUAUUUACUGGAUUAUUGGAUAUUUUUCCUUUUAGAUUAUGGGUUAAUUUCUUUUUCUAAAACACACACACAAUAUUUUACUUUAUAUAUUGGAACUUAAAUUCUGUAAACUUAUUUUAACAACUAUCACAGAUCAGAAAUUACAGAAAAUUCAGAGAGUUAAUUCUAGAAUGCUUCCAUCUGUCAAUUGGAUGUUUGUUAAAGUACAAAUUAUUCCUGUUAUUUGACAGUUUUUGUGAAAUAAAAUGCUUUAAUAAAACAUUUUUAAUCACUUAAUCUCAAAAAUCUGGGGUCAAGAUGCUGGGAGAAAUAAUUAUUGAGUUAAAUAAACACUUUCAGUGCUCAUAUGUAAAUGGCAGGUUUCAUAUAUAAGUAACCCUUAUUAGUUGCUGUAUGUAGACACUGCUGUGCAGCUUAACGCUCUCCUGUUGCUAUAAUGAAACAGAAUUAAGUGAGCACUAAUACUCAGCAAGAAGCAUAAAUGAUUGCGGAAAUCAUUAAAAAAUGAUGAGUUGCAGAACACUGCAGAAAAUUGUAAUCAUAUUUUUGGUUUAUUUUUGACUAGUUAAGUUUGUGCUUCAAUUAUUAGAACAAAAAUAGUGCACUUGCUGUUCUGCAAAAGUAGGCAUGUUCCACUGCAUUUUUUUUACACAAAAUUAAGACAAUCCAGGGAUAAGCGUGUGAAAAGUGAAGCACACCUUGCUCUUUGUGCAUGUUUUUGUAUCCACCAAAUUUGGGGGGUGAAUCAUCCAAAUCAGAUAAAUUUGGUAAACCACUUUAAGAUAAACUAUCUAUUAAAUGUCACUAAUUAAAGGUACUUUUAAUCAAAUGAAAUUAUGUGGUCAAUGAGAACUGAUUUAACCAGUGAAUUGACUGAAGCAACAAACAAAU